UAAGGUUCAUAGGUUAAAGGCUAUACACGCCGCUCCACAUGUGUUGUUGUUUUGUUGCUAUAACGUGUAAUGCAGCAAAAUAACCUGCAGUAACAUGGGGAAGAAUAAGAAGAACAAAAUUAACCAGUCGGGGAAACAAAGUGACAAGGCCGGGAAACACCAAAGUGACAAGAAGCUGAAACGAGAUGGUAAAGACAAGAAAGCCAAAGAGGAAGACCACCUCAAACACAUCCCUUUCAGGCUCCGAGAGAUUAUGAAAAACAAGGACAAAAUGAAAGCAGGAUCCUUGAAGGCAAAAAAGAUAAAAGAUUCCAUCCUCCCUAAAAGCAAGGCAGAGGAUUCUCAGGGAGGAAACAUACCUGUCCCACAUUUCAAGAGGAAAAAACAGGAAAGUGUGGGAGCCUACAUACGUCGCAUGGAUAAUGAGACCAAACAUGUCCUCUUCCUUACCAAGAACCAAGUAGAAAGAAAACCUGAGCUGGAUGCAGACAAACAAGAGAGGUCUGUAGACAAGGGCAAGUCGGAGAAAAAGAAGGAGUAUGACAAAGCCAGAUUACAGAAGCAACAGCAGAAAAAGUUGGACAAACAAGAGGACUGGAUGGAAAAAGAGAUGUUCAUAGAGGAUGUCCCUUUCGGUGAAGUUACAAUGGCACCACCUUGUCUGAGCGCCAAACCCAGGAAAGCUCCGAUCAAACCUCAGAAGGCUUCAAAAGAGCUGCUUCUCAACUCUCUCUUAGGCCACACAAUGGCCUCCACAACCAAGCCCUCUAUGGCCAGACAGAGAAUCAUGGAGGAGGAGAGGGUGCGAGCAGUAGAGGCCUACCGUCACCUGAAGAAACAGAAACAGCAGCAGGACAAGGCCAGGAUUAUUGGUCUUGAAAAACUCAAGAACCUUGAGUGAUUUCUCAUGUCGCUCACCUCAAGAACUAUAUUUUCCUCAAUUGCAGUCAGGUGUCAGUGAUUGUGGGCAGCUGUGUUCAGAUACUGACAUAUAUUGUAUUCAUCAGCAGACUGUGGGUUAGGGUUAGGGUUGUGUGUUAUGUAGCUCUUGAACUGAAAUGCUAGUGUGUGGGAGCUCACCGCAAUGUAUAUUACCAGCCAGGGAAAGCAGCAGACAUUUGCAUCCACAGGGUGCAGUACCAGGUAAGUUGUAAACAACAUUCACCUGCUGCUUUUAUUAUCACAUAUUUAGGUCAGAAGAGAGCAGGAAGUUCAAAUGAUGAAUGGUUUUGUGUUUUUAAAGAAGACAAACUGUUAACCCCAGAAUGUAAUCCAUUCAGAAAUGUGUUGGUUUCUUUUCUUUGUGACUUUGUGGGAUGUUCACAGGCGAGCGUUUAUUUGCACUGUUUUCAUUGCAUCUUUAGGCUCCCACUGUGGCAUAACUUGUCAUGCUACAGGCAAUAAAAUCACAAAAGUUAUAUCAAGUCAAAAAUAAACCUCUUGAUUGUGUGCUGAGGUCCCACUAGAUGGCAGUCGUCCUGUAGAAAACUGCUGUCCCACUGUAUGGAGAGCAGACUGAACAUGCUGACUGAAUACUUUUUGGACUUUAUAAAAGUCUUUGUCAUAUUAUAUAUCUGAGCAAAUGACUGCUGUCUUUUGCAGUCUUAUUUGAUAAGUGAAAAAGAUAAUUUUUUAUAUGAAAAUAUGCAAUGAAGGAAAAAACUAUCUCACCACCAUGUCUGUUUAGUAGCUUUUCUGGAGCCUUCAAUCAUAUUCCAUGGUCUUCAUCGACAGAGGGAGUUUGCCCAGUUAUAGAUUUGCAGGUGAGAGUUCAUUCUUGACCAUGAAAACAGCCCUACAGGAAACAAUCUCACCACCAUGUCCAUUUAGUAGCUGUAAUGGAGCUUUUAGUCACACGACAUGAUCAUCUUUGACAUCAUGUGAUUUGUUUUCUCAACUGUUGUACCCAAGAUCAAGAAUUCACUUUGGAACUUCAACAUUAAGAAUACAUUCACUAAAAAAUUGUUGUGAAAGGAAAUGGAAAAACUGUUAAUAUCUUGUGUUCCUGUGUACCUCUCUGAGAGCCCCGAAGCCUAGGAUAAAUAAAUCACAUCAGCCUUUUUAAAUGCUCAACACUUAUUAGAGCCUGGCACAGCUAUUUACAUUUGUAAUCCUUUAAAGGUUACCCUCUGUUCAUUACAGCUAUGAACAAGGCCUUUGUUUGAAUAUCGGCCUCUGGGACAAACUGUACAAAUUCAAAUUCGGAGACAUUUUGUCUGACAGCUCGAUCUUUCAAAGCAUCCUAGAUCUAAAAGCACACAUUACGCUGAUAAUAUUUUUGCAAUAUCAUCAGAUCACCAGAUGGUAUUAUUGUUAAAUACCUGUUAUCUGGU